AUGUCUGGGACUCACCCCAUCUCUGAGCUGCAGCGAGGGAACAGCCGGCUGCUCCUGGAAGUGGGCACACACCCCUCUCCUGCUCAGGACUAUCCGUCCUGCUGCAAGCAGCCGAAGCAACCCGCGGAGCUGACUGCGGGGGCAGCAGGCGGUUGGCGCGGGGCCCCGAGGCCUCUGGGAGAUGCGGCUGCAGUGGGCAACACCGCACACGCCCACCGGCUGCAGCAGCGCUCGCUGCGGCUGUUCAACUCGGCGCCUGGGAUGCUGCGGGCUGCUGCGGACCUGCUCUGCAGUGCCGAGCCGCAGCAGCUCAGCCCAGGCGGGAGUCGGAGCCGGGAGUCUGGAGCCGGGGUAUUCCCGCGGCUCGGGGACCACGAGGCGGUGCGCGCCGCGCCGGCUCCUCCUCCCUGCCCUCCCGCCGCGGUUCCCGCAGCCGGCUCCAGGCGCCGGACGCGCCUCCCCUCGGCGCCCUCCUCCCUCGCUCUUUCCCCGCUAACUUUCCGGAGCCCCAACCCGCGGCGCAGUGCUCUUGGCGGCUCCAGGGCGGAGAGCACCGCUGUCCCGUCCGCAGACCUCAGCGUGCUCGGGAGAAAACAGGAUGAUGCCAGGGGCCAGGGUCCGUGGCGAAGCCCAGGCGAGAUGGCUGGGCACUGGGCUUUUGGGAGCUGGGUGCCCGUUCGCUCCCCUGCUGAGAAUUUGCAGUGUCACCUCAGAUACACUGAACCAGAAUCUAUAUUUAGCAGCGGGAUCUGUCUCUUCCUGCUGCUCCCUGUGGCCCUGUCGUUGGAGGUGUCUGUGGGAAAGGCUGCCACCAUCUACGCUGUCAAUGGCACCAGCAUCCUGCUUCCCUGCACUUUUUCCAGCUGCUUUGGCUUCGAGAACCUUCGCUUUUGGUGGUCCUACAACAGCAGCGAUACAUUCAAGAUUCUUAUAGAUGGGACUGUGAAGAAUGAAAAGUCUGAUCCCAAGGUGAAGUUGAAAGACAAUGAUCGAAUCACUCUGGAGGGCUCCACCAAGGAGAAGGUGAACAACAUUUCCAUUCUGCUGGACAGCCUGGAAUUCAGCGACACUGGCAAAUAUACCUGUCAUGUGCGGAACCCCAAGGAACAAAAUCUAGAGCACCAGGCCACCAUCUUCCUCCAAGUCGUUGACAAAUUGGAGGAAGUGGACAACACGGUGACACUCAUCAUCCUGGCAGUCGUAGGCGGGGUCAUUGGGCUCCUGGUCUUUGUCCUGCUGCUCAAGAAGUUCAUCACCUUCAUCCUCAAGAAGACUCGGGAGAAGAAGAAGGAAUGCCUUGUGAGUUCCUCAGGGAAUGAUAAUACAGAGAAUGGGUUGCCUGGCUCCAAGGCAGAGGAGAAACCACCCACAAAAGUGUGA